AUGAUUUUUCUCUAUUCGUUUAUUGUGGCUCUUGUGGCUCCUCAGAUCGGUGCAAUUGUAGAAGACUUCAGCUGCACCACUAACACAGGUGCUACGUCCAAAUACAAAGCCGGCGCCUUUGUCUGUAGCAAUGUGAUUUCUGACGCAGCAUGUAAAGCUCUGUAUCCAGUUGGUGGCGGUGGAGAUUUGACAGUCGGAGGAGAUCAAGAAAGACCAUUCAAAUGCUUUUCAUCAGCAACAGCUGCGCCAGCUCCAAUUGAUGCUGAUUUGAAAAAAGUUGCAAUUAUGUAUUGCCCGAAAACUUGUGGAUACUGUUGUGAAACGAGUGCAUACAGCUGCGAGAAUCCUCCGUUGCCAAGUGUCAAUUGUUCUACAAUCAAACCUAUCCAAUGCACUGAUCCAGCAUGGAAGGCAAUUAUAGCUAUGGAAUGUCCAGCUACGUGUGGAUUGUGCAGUGCAGAUUCAUGUGUCGAUGCAAUUGAAGGAUGUGCCAACAACAUAGAAAUCUGUAAUGCAGUCAAAUUGCAAGACUUUGUCAAUGCCAAUUGCAGAAAGACGUGUAAAAGAUGUACGUCGGGUCCCACUGCGACAACAUCUACCGCGGCUCCGGCGGCACCUACAACUACCGUGGCUCCCGCUGUUGUUACAACUACUGCGGCCCCCGCUGCCGUGACCACUACUGCUGCAGUUACCACUACUACCGUCGCAGCAGCAGCAGCCACAACCACAGCAGCCGCCUGCACUUCCUACAUUCCCGACGGCCGAACAAGAUGCGGCGAGUAUGCUCGAAGUGGAUUCUGUACAAGCAACCAAUACACCACGGCAGAAAAAAGAGCUGCCUGUGCGACUACUUGCAAAAUCUGUUAA